GUCACAUGGCCAUUAUUUUAAGUGCGUUUAAAAGUUUCCAAUUCAUUUUCACUGAAACUUUUAUACACGGGGCGAUCGAUAAUGUUUUGCUUCUAUUAUAUAUAAGUAAAGUUAGAGAAGUUAAAAUUAGUGAGUCGAUUUGCAACCAUAGAGUUAUAUAAAAAGUUCUAUUUCUACCGGUAACUUUUUUGCAACAUUUUAGAAUACGUUAUAUUAAGAAGUCUAUGGCCCAGCUCUAGUGCAGGGAAAAGAUUUUGGCGGAGCAAUCAAUCUAACACGAAGGGAAACUUCUGAAAAUGAGCUUUGUGUGGCGCUUACUAUUUAAAAGAUAUAAUAUUUUAUGGUUUAUAGAAUUCGCUGUAUGAGGAUUGAAUUAGUUUUCUUAGCGAAUACGUCUUUAAGGUUGAGUGUCGGAAAGGUCGGCAUUUCAUAUAAACCAAUCAUAGCACGUGACAAGUAAGGCGCCAGCUGGUGCAAUGAGUACUCAUAUAGUCUCGAUUGUCUUUAUUGAAAUAAAUAAAAGUGUUGCGUUAGCUAGAGACAGUCUAAUCCAGUCUACAUUAUUUUUCUGUUGAGAACUGAUCCGACAAGAUGGCGUCCGGAGUUGCAAAGAAUAUGGAGACGUGGAAAGCAAAACUUGAAAAGUUUCUUCACGAGAAGAAUGCAUUCACGAAUUUGUUGGAAAAAAUGGAGCAGAAGACAGGAGUGAAAAGAAUAUACUUCGCCUUUGGAAUUGUCGUUCUACUUGCUCUGUACUUGAUGAUUGGCUAUGGUGCACAGUUCUUAUGUAAUUUCAUAGGCUUUUUAUAUCCAGCUUACGCUUCGUUUAAAGCUAUAGAAAGUACAAAGAAAGAUGAUGAUACACAGUGGUUAACAUACUGGGUAGUAUAUGGUGCAUUCAGUUUAGUGGAAUUUUUUGCUGAUAUUUUCCUCUUCUGGAUUCCUUUCUACUGGCUGUUGAAGUGUAUAUUCUUGGUGUGGUGUAUGGUACCAGCUCCAUGUAAUGGUUCAGACACUAUUUACAAUAAAGUUAUCAGACCAUUUGUGUUGAGACAUCAAGAUAAAAUAGAUAAAGCUUUAGAUGAAGCUAAGGAUGCCAUGAAAGAAGCACAAGAAGCUGGUCAAGACAUGUUAACUGAUGAAGCUGUAAGAAGAGUUGUAAAUGAUGCUAAACUUGAUUAAAACCUUAGUCAUAUCUGUAUACUGCUCAAUACAUAGUCUGUUGUCUUAGCAACAGGAAGUAUCCAUUUUGUUUUGAGAAUUGUUUUGAGUACCCUACUUCACUUGACAAAAUGAAUUUACAUGUAUAACGAUUUACUGUUUGUUUCAAAAUUCCUUCCAUGUAACCUUUUAUAUUAACAUUUUUAAUAAUAUCACUUGGGAAAGACGUAUUUGGUAGCAAUUUCAUCUUUGUCACUAUUUCCGUCUGUGUCAUGUAGCUUUUUGUUUAAAUCUCGCAUCUUUUCUUGCUACAUGUAUAAAAUAAGUAAAAAAAAAGUCUUGAAAAAUAAGAAGCCAGCAAUUAUGUUCUAAAUGAUGAUUGUUGUAUAUAGCUAAUUUGAAUUAAAUUAAAUUGUAUAUAUUUUAUUUUAUAUCAACUAUAUUGUAAGAGGAAGUAUUGGUAGGGUAGACUUAGUGCAAUAGUUUAGAAUUGUUGAGAAAGAAAUCUUGUUUUUCAUUUAAUCACAGGUACUUGCCCAGUGCUAAAUGUGCUGCUCUUAAGCCAUUAUGUCUUGUGAUAUUCAAUGAAUUGUCUCAUUUAACAGUAGUAUGGUUAAGAAUUAACAGCUAUUAGUUGGUACCAAGUUUCCCCUAAUUUGUGUUCAUAUUUAUAAUUGUAUAGUCUGCUU